GCUUCUGGUGCACGGGUCCGCUGCAGGGAUGGCCAGGGGAAAGCUUACUUGGCUCUGACCCCUCCUUUCAGUAAAACACCCAGUUUCAAGCGUCAGCGGGAUGAAUGUGUCACAAAUAUAGAGGCUUUUUUCCCCCCCCUUUACCAGAGGCUGCGGUGAUGCAUGUUUAGCAAAGCGAUGAGGCCGACGCACUUUGCCGGACUCGCGCUGCACAGAGCCUCCGCGGAUCCCACGACCUGUUGCUGACAAGCCGGAGGGGGAAAGGAGAGGGAGAGACGGAGGGUCGCGCCUUGGAGAGGGGAGAGCCUGGGAGUCCGAGCGGAGGAAAUCAUGCAGUUUGCAAUCUGGCUGAUUGGACUAACGUGUCAUUUAACAACACUUGUCCGAGAGAGUUUCCCCUACAGACUGCAUCCGAAACAAGAAAGCUUCAUCAAGCAGCUGUCACAGUAUGAAAUCAUCACCCCGCUCCGAGUGAAUGACUUCGGAGAAUCGUUCCCCCACAAGCUUCACUACAGAAGGAGACGCAGGAGUGUGAAUGAUGACCUGCUGGGCUCACGGCUGCUUUACAGGAUUGAUGCGUUCGGGGAACGCUUUCACCUUAAUCUGAGCGCAGACUCCAGCUUCAUCGCCCCCUCUUACAGGGUGACACACUUGGGAGCCGACCAGAGGAACCUGACGGACUCCCGUGACCCGGACAACAUGCGCCACUGCUUUUACCGCGGGCACGUCAACGCCAGGAGCGAGCACGCCGCUGUCUUCAGCCUCUGCACCGGCCUGGUUGGAACCUUCACGACGCAUCAAGGUGAAUAUUUCCUAGAGCCUCUUCUAAAUCCCGCGGGGGAGGAAUAUGACGAAGAGCACAACAAACCCCAUCUUGUCUACCGACAUGAGAGGAAAAAGAACAUCUCGAAUCCUGGCGAACCCUGUGCUGCCUCAGAGACCUAUAAGAGGCCAGUCUCUUUUGACGGCAGAGGGAAUAUGGGAGAGGAGCUGGACUCUCUCAGAGCCACAAUAAAUGACCAACACAUAAAUGAGAAUAACUCCAGCAAGAAUCGCAACACAGCCCCACGACGACACAAGCGCUUCCUCUCCUAUCCUCGCUACGUUGAGCUGAUGGUGACAGCGGACUCCAAAAUGGUUCAUCACCAUGGACGUAACUUGGAGCACUACAUCUUAACAAUCAUGUCAGUAGUUGCAGCAGUGUACAAGGACCCUAGCGUAGGAAACCUCAUCAACAUCAUGAUCGUGAAGCUAGUCAUCAUUCACGAUGAACAGGAAGGACCAACUGUCAACUUCAAUGCCGCCACCACCCUGUACAACUUCUGUGUCUGGCAGCAGAGCCAAAAUAUGGAGGAUGACAGCCACCCUCUUCACCAUGACACCGCCUUACUCAUCACCAGAGAAGACAUUUGUGGUGCAAAGGAUAAAUGUGACACUUUAGGUCUUGCAGAGCUUGGCACCAUGUGUGACCCGUUCCGCAGCUGCUCCAUCAGUGAAGAAAAUGGAAUCAGUGCUUCCUUCACAAUCGCUCACGAGCUGGGCCAUGUGUUCAACAUGCCCCAUGAUGACAACCCAAAGUGCCGUGAGGCAGGAAUGAAGCACCAGUAUCACGUCAUGGCCCCUACCCUCAACUACGACACCAAUCCCUGGUCGUGGUCCAAGUGCAGCCGCAAGUACAUCACAGAGUUUCUAGACACUGGAUACGGGGAGUGUCUCCUUGAUGAGCCUGCAGGAAGAACAUAUGAGCUUCCCACACUCCUCCCUGGUCAGAUCUACAACGCCAACAGGCAGUGUGAGCUGAUGUUUGGUCCUGGGUCUCAGAUUUGUCCCUACAUGAAACAAUGCAAAAGAUUGUGGUGCACGAGUGCAGAAGGGGACCAUAAAGGCUGUCGCACCCAGCACAUGCCCCUGGCUGAUGGGACUGACUGUGGUCACGGGAUGUAUUGCAGGCAUGGAAUGUGUGUGAACAAGGAGUUGGACAUGCAACCGGUCCACGGACAGUGGGGUCCUUGGGGACCAUACAGUAUUUGCUCCAGGUCCUGUGGUGGAGGAACAAGGAGCACCACUAGAGACUGCAACAAGCCUGAGCCCAGAAAUGGCGGUAAGUUCUGUGUAGGCCGCCGGAUGAAGUUCCGCUCAUGCAACACUGAGCCGUGCCCGCGAGGAAGGAAGGAUUUUCGCGAAGAGCAGUGCUCUCAGUUCGAUGGCAAGCACUUCAAUAUCAAUGGUCUACCUCCCUCCGUCCGCUGGACCCCCAAGUACAGUGGUGUUCUAAUGAAGGAUCGCUGUAAGCUCUUCUGCCGGGUCGCCGGCACUAUGGCUUACUAUCCGCUCAAGGACCGCGUCAUUGAUGGCACCCCGUGUGGUCCAGACACUUACGACAUCUGCGUUCAAGGCCUUUGCAGGCAAGCAGGCUGUGACCAUGUGCUUAACUCAAAGGCCAGACAUGAUAAGUGUGGAGUGUGUGGAGGAGACAACUCAUCGUGUAAGACUCUGGCAGGGACCUUCAACGACGCUCAGUAUGGUUACAACGUUGUGGUGCGGAUCCCAGCUGGAGCCACCAAUAUUGAUAUCAAACAAGUCAGCUACUCUGGAAAACCAGAAGACGACAACUACCUCGCUUUAGCCGAUAGCCAGUCCAACUUCCUCCUAAAUGGGAACUUUGUGGUGGCCAUGUUCAAAAGGGAAAUCACCUUCAAGGGAACCGUUAUUGAGUACAGCGGCUCGGACACAAAAGUUGAGCGCAUCAACUGCACUGACCGCAUAGAGGAGGAGCUCGUUCUACAGGUUCUCUGUGUAGGAAACCUGUACAAUCCAGAUGUGCGUUACUCCUUCAACAUACCUAUUGAGGAACACAGUGAGAGGUUUGUGUGGGAUCCCUCGGGCUCCUGGCUGGAGUGCAGUCGCAUCUGUCAGGGUGAGCGAAGACACAAGGCGGUUUGUGUUCGUGAAAGUGACCACCUGGAGGUAUCUGACCAACGCUGUGAACAUUUACCUCGCCCCAGUGCUGUAACUGAGCCCUGCAACACUGACUGUGAAGUCAGGUGGCAUGUUGCUGGAAAGAGCGAGUGUUCAGCCAAAUGUGGCUCCGGCCACCGCAGCCUGGACGUCCAGUGUAUGAAGUACAGUCUGAUAAAGAGAGAGAGUGAACGGAUGGAGGCUAGCGCCUGUGCAGACACAACCAAACCCCAAACCAGAGAGCCGUGCUAUGGCGACUGUUUGCUUAAGAGCUGGCAGUACAGUGGCUGGUCACAGUGCUCUAAGACGUGUGGACUUGGACGUAGAACCAGAGAGUCCUACUGCAUGAACAAUCUGGGCCGGCGCCUGGUGGACAGUGAAUGCAAAGAAUACCAGAAGGUGGUCUCUGAGACCUGCAACAAGCAGCCAUGUCCAACGUGGACCUUUAGUGAGUGGAGUGAGUGCCUGGUGACUUGUGGGAAAGGCAUGAGGCACCGACAGGUUUCCUGCAGCAGAGGGGACGGGGAGGAGAAGCUGAGUGAACACUUGUGUGACCCGUCCAGUAAGCCGUCCGCUGUGGGGAGCUGCGAGCUGCCUAGCUGUGCAUCCUGGCAGGUUGGAGUCUGGGGAGCGUGUGCGGUGACCUGCGGCCAUGGCUACCAGUUGAGAGCUGUCAGGUGUGUGCUCGGGGACUAUGGCAACACAGUUGAUGAUCGAGAGUGCAAUGCUGCAGCGAGACCCAGAGAUAGUCAGGACUGCGAGAUGUCAGCGUGCCCAUGGGCCUCUCCCUCUCAGGUUACACUUCGACCCGACAACUCCAUUCAACUGGUGACUCAGUGGAGAUACGGCUCCUGGACAGCAUGUUCGGUGUCCUGUGGUAACGGGAAGCGGGCGCGUUAUGUCAGCUGUAGAGAUGCUCAGGGAGGAGUUGCUGAUGAGUCGUCCUGUGCCCACCUGCCCCGCCCUCCAGAGUUCUCCACCUGCUUCAGCCCCUGUGGCCAGUGGCAUGCUACAGAGUGGUCUGCUUGUUCAGUGACAUGCGGAGCAGGAAGAGCUACCAGACAAGCAGUCUGUUCCAACCACCGCCACCCUGUGGACCAGUCGUUUUGCGACCCGGAUGAAAAGCCCGUAGCAGAACAGGAGUGCACCGCAGCGCCCUGCCCCUCUGUUUAUACCCGUCAGCACAUUUAUGAGCAGCCAUACGGAUAUCCUCAUGACCCCGGCCGUCAUCCAGGACACAGUAGCUGGAAUGUCCCCUCGGCAGACAACCAGUGGAGGACCGGACCCUGGGGCUCGUGUUCUAGCACCUGUGCUGGGGGCUUUCAGAGGAGAGUGGUGGUCUGUCAGGAUGCUGAUGGACGCAGCAACAGCUACUGCGACGAGAGGGUCAAACCUGCAGAGUCCAAGAGCUGUGACUCUGGACCCUGUCCUCUGUGGAACUACAGUGCCUGGGGGGAGUGCACCCAGACGUGUGGCAGUGGUAGGAGAACCCGCUUGGUGGUCUGUCAAAGGCCGGACGGACAAAGACUCAACGACUACAACUGUGACAUUCUGGAUAAGCCGCCUGACGUGGAGCGGUGCAACCUGCAACCCUGUCCUGGCUCUGCAUCCUGGCACCGCCGACCCUGGAAGCCGUGUUCGGUGAGCUGUGGUCGGGGCAUCAAGCAGCGGGAGAUUUCUUGCCUUCUACAGAACCAAACCAGAAUCGAGGAGGCUCACUGCAGUCAUCUGCCGCGGCCACGAACACAGAAGACAUGCCGUGCCCGAGGAUGUCCCACAUGGAAAGCCAACAGGUGGCGUGAGUGCUCCACCACCUGUGGGCCUGGGCUUCAGAAGCGAGACGUUUACUGCAGGUUGAAAGGCACUGGCCGGGUCAGAGAGGAUCUGUGUGAUCCUCACUCACGUCUUCCUACCAUCCAGCCGUGUCUCACAUCAGAGUGCACACCGUUCACCUGGGUUGUUGCUGACUGGGAACAUUGUAAUGCAACAUGUGGAGAAGGGGUGAGAAGCAGAAAGGUGGACUGUAAAGGCCCAGGGAGAACAACCGUCCACGAUGACUACUGUGAGCCUUCAUCUAGACCUUCUUCGCUCCAGCUCUGUGAAGAAGCACCUUGUCUCUACAUGUGGAUAACGGCGGAAUGGUCGCAGUGUUCUGCCAGCUGUGGUGUUGGCUUCCAGCAGCGUAUUGUCUCCUGCUCUGCAAGGCCCUCUUCUUAUUCCACUCAGCAAUUCUAUCCUCCAUCCUCCUUUACAAGCAAAAGCUGCCCGGAGCCUCAACCCCCUGCCACCCAGCCAUGCCUCCUCAGAGAGUGCUCACACACCACCUACUGGAAGGUUGGACCAUGGACCAUGUGUUCCCAGACAUGUGGCGCAGGAGUGAUGGAGCGCAAAGUAGAGUGUGUUACCUCCAAAGAACAGCCGUCCAAACACUGCCGUCCAUCAGAAAGACCCAAAUCCCGAGCUGCUUGUCAAGAUAGACAAUGCCAGCUGCUCACUUCAUGUCGAGAGGUCCAGAUGAGGCAAGGUGUCAGGAUGGAUGGGGAAUUUUACCUGAAAGUCAAGUCUCGUAUCUUACAGAUUUACUGUGCUGAGAUGCAGACUGAUUCUCCUAAAGAGUAUGUGACUCUGCGCAGUGGUCAGACAGACAAUUACUCUGAGGUGUAUGGACACAGGUUGCUGAACCCCUUUCAAUGCCCGUAUAACGGCAGCCGCAGACAGGACUGCGACUGCAGAAAUGACUAUCCUGCAGCAGGAUACACACUCUUCCACAAGGUUCGCCUUGACUUGAACUCCCUGAGGAUAAUGAUCACAGACCUCCACUUCUCCCAGACUCUCCAUGGUCGCCCUGUGCCCUUUGCUACAGCAGGAGACUGCUACAGUGCAGCUAAGUGUCCACAGGGCCAGUUCAGUAUUAAUCUGAUUGGCACUGGCCUCAAAGUGGCUCAGGUUACUAAAUGGACUUCUCAAGGGAACUAUGUUUCUGUCAAAGUCCACAGAUCAGAGGACGGAACAAGAAUCUACGGUCGCUGUGGCGGUUUCUGUGGGAAGUGCAUUCCUCAAGCUCACAACGGCCUACUCCUAACAGUCCACUGAGACACGCUGAGACCAAACUCCUACAUCAGUUUUCAAGCAGAUAGUCCAGAAAACACAAGAUGGAUCCUGUCCUGCUGUUGGUUGUCCAAUUGGUCGUUAAGCAUCAACGUUAAAACCCCACAGUGACUUCCUGUCCAGCUAAAGUGCUACAACACUGCAGCACCACAGGUCACUGCAAGGUGCUUUGUUCAGCGUGGUCUAUUUUCUUGGCAGGAUUUUUUUCACAGCUCAUCUGGGCUCUUUCAUUACCAUUCAGUAACCAAAAUGAAUAAAUCCAUCAACAACAGUUAGAGAGCAGGAUUUAGGGUGAGACUGCUAAUCUUUACAGUAUUUUUACACCGAAACAUCAUUAUGCAUUGCAGGGUGAAAUGUUUAAAUGCCUGUCUGCUUUCUAUAAACUCAAAGUAUUAUUAACAUUUUCACCUGGCUGCAGCUAAACACUGACAUCUUCUCAGACCUGCCUCGUGUCAGAGGUCAAAGAGAACACUUGGAGCUUUGAGAAGCAACCAUACUAUUUUAUUUCUAUAGCCAGUGUUAUGUGUUCUUACACUUUGUCUGAUGUUUUCAGGUAUUUUAUAACACUGAACAACCAACUACUGACAUUAAUAGAAUGACACUGGCUUAAAAACCGUGCAAUGAGGAAAACAUGUACAAAGUUCUGAUUCUUUCCCCGACUUCACACUGGAGGCAUCAGCGGCGUGGAACGGCAGCGGAACAUCGCUGCUUCAAAUAGAAUCCAUUAUAGUCAAUAGCCAGGGUGUCCAAUUGUGGUCUUGGAGGGCCGGUAUCCAGCACAUUUUGUUCCCACACACUUAAUUCAGCGGCUGAAACCCCUGUGCAGCAGCUCAUCGGGCUCUGCAGAAGCCUGUUAAUUAUCUGCUGAUUCAAAUCAGGUCUACUGAAACAGGGUUGAAACUAAAACCUGCUGGGUAACAGCCCUCCAUGCCCAGAAUUAAAUACCCCUGGUCUAUGGGUUGAUUCAAACCGGCCGCAAAGUGGAUUUUUUCAGGUGCAUCUUGCGCCGCUAUAGACCAGAUUAGGUUCUACAUAGUAUUGCCGCGAGAUGCUUCUGGAUCAUGUCAAUUUCCGAAGUUAAUAUAUGGCUAGACAGGAUAUCAAACACGGUUUCAGUGUAAAAUGUCCUGUAGUUUUCUAAAUAAAACCAUUGCAGCAAUGCCAUUUCAUAUCUAUGUAGAUUAUGUCUAUAUGUGUGGCCUACAGGUAUGUUUACUUCCAACAAUGAUGUGUUUUUCAUGGCUUUGAUCCUGGCAGUGACAUCAAACAAUGGUUUCCUUUUUCUUCUUAUUUGGUUUAUUGGUGGAUGGCAUAAACAAAGGAUCUUGCGAGCCUGGUGAGGAAGCCGCUCAGUGGCUGAGACUCUCGGUGUGGAUUGGCACGCAGCUAAGCAUUCGAGUUAACCGUUCCGUGGUGCUGAUGCCUUCGGUGUGAAGUCGGGGGUUUUGUCUCGUUUACAUAACUCUAGGUAUUUUGAAAAGUAAAUGUUUUUAAGUUCUGUUUUUAAAAAAACUGUCCGUAUGAUUUUAACAAAAGUGAAAUAUCAAAUACCUGUGUGAAGUUCAUAUUUAAAUACAAGGGAGGAAUACCCUUAAUUUGGGCAAAGGUUCUCAAAAAUGACUACAAUUAUUAGCUUCUGAUAGAAAAUAGACGUGGAAAUGCUCUGUUCAGACUAGCCUGACAGAUCUACAUCACACUGUCACCUAACAUUCACGGAUUCACCCAUCUUGGCUCACGACAGGGAAGGUUGUUGUUAUUUUAGUGUUCAGGAACCAACAAUGUCUUGGCUAGUAGAAGCCAACCAUUAGCAUUAAUGACUUCACCACAGAGCACAACUAUUCCAGGCUUGUGUUAUUUGUGACAUCAAUGCUGCAAAGCAAACAGUCAGUGGUAGAGUUGCGUUGCUGUUAGCCAAUCAGAGGCGAGAUGUCUAAAUAUCAGGAAAUAAUACUCCAAAUCUUGCUGUCGGAAGCUACUUUUUCCUCCAGCUGAAUUCUGCUUCCUCAAACAGGCGCACUGGAGCUUUUUUUCCCCCAAAGAACCUCUUACAAGGCAUUCAUUUCCGCUAUAGACCACUGCAAAUAUAACAAAAAUAUGAUUAAUGUUGACCUUUAACAGGGAGUUGAUGAAAGUCAGCACGGUGGUGUUUGAUUCAUAGCAUACCGAUCAGUCUGUGAUCUGUGACCUGUGACCAGAACACACCUGACAGCAUUUGAAGCUUAAAACAAAAGUGAGUACCAGCAGGAGGAUGUUUCGCUUGAUGAUCGUUCUCCUCGCGUUUAAUUAUGUUGCUCCUUCCAUGGAUGCUCGAUCCUUUCAAGUUGAGCCUCAUCUACUUGGACUUUCCAUCAGAAUUCAAUAGAACACCAGUUGGUAUUACUUAAAGGAGAAAUAACAUUUCCAAACUGAAGAGUUUGCUUUGGUCUUUGUUACUUUUGACCCAUACAGUUUAAAAUUUACUUCUUUUUUUUUUGCAUCCGCGUUCUUCUCACCAUAAAGUCUGCAUGCGUAAUGAUUGACUGAAUUCAACAUAAAAUCUGUUUUUAAAAAACAUCUGGAGCAGUGUGGUCGAAGCCUUAAUGUGAAUGAUUACCACACAGUGAAGUUCUCGUCUGUUACACCAUGGCAGUACCAGAUGUGAGGUCUCUCACCUCACCUCAGCUGCUGUCUAUACCUACAACCCCCUACCUCUCACUAACACCCAUACUCUGAUGAGAUAUGUAAUAUAUUUAUUUUAAACCAUAUUUAUUCUCUACUGACUUAUAAAUGUGUUCUCUUUGUACAAUGGCUGCUUCCAGCAGAGAAACCACUGUCUGCUUUGGUGAAGUUACGUACUCCCCUCCUGUUUGUGUUAAAUUGCCACUAACUAUAAGCAGUGUCUGUUAAAUGGUGCUUUUUGACUACUGGAAUUACCUCUAAUCUGAAGAAGGAAACACCAACAGUGGCAGAGGUUUGGUAAACUGACACAACUAGGCAGAUGUUUGAUGUUCACGCAAACUAGGUCAACAUCCUAUCAACGACAUAUCUAAAAUGUGAUGCUGCGUGUUUGCUAGCUAGAUUAGCUCAGCUGCUACAUGAGGAAAUGUCCAUCUAGGGAACUUUUCCUCAUAAACAACAUUUGGUUUGACAUCUACUACAUGGUGGCGCAGUGGUUAGCACUGUUGCCUCGCAGCACGAAGGUCGCAGGUUCAAAACUCGCCUUUCUGCGUGGAGUUGCGUGUUCUCCCCAUGCAUGCGUGGGUUUUCUCCGGGUACUCCGGUUUCCCCCACAGCUCACAACAUGCCCUAUAGGUUGAAAAAAUAAAUUGUAAGUCGCUUUGGGAAAAAGUGUCUGCUAAGCACAUAAACAUAAACAACAACAUUUGUCUACCCUAACAUGCUGAUGCUAAGCUCUAACCAAAGUUAGUACAUAGAUGUAUAUUAGACUUUCUUCUCAAUCAAUGCAGCUUGUUUUGAUUUAAAAAAUAAAAGGCUGAAAAUGAUAAAAACCAUUGAGAAGCCAGAGGAACCUUUGGCCAUCAUUCGUUUUUAUUCUGGCCAAUUAAGAUCUGUAUCAGAAAUUUGUACCAUAUGUGAUGCACUGUGUGCCAUUAAUUUUGUAGAGAUGUAAUCCAGAGAUUGUGUUUAUAACCGCUGAGUGUGGUAACUUAUGGUAUAUGUGUAUGUUUUAAUAUUCAUACUUGAAUUGUAAACAGUGUGCUAUAAUAAUGAAUGGAUAUUGGUACUGAAUACUUGGACAGUGUGGCUGUUUGCUCUGCUUUAUCCAAAGAUGUUUUAAUAAAGGAUCUUAUGUAAAUAAUGGAUGGAUGAAUGGAAGAGUUUAUACUUCUGGUGCUACGACUACCAAUCGUACAGUUACUGUAUGUCUUAUUAUACUAAUAUAAAUAAUAAAACAUGCUUUUUAGCC